AUGGACGCCGACGAAAUCAAAGAAGGAUUUAUUUGUCCCAUGUGUCUGAAAGAUCUGAGAAGCGCCUCGAUUUUGCAAAAGCAUUUCGAGGAAAGUCAUUCUGAUGAUAAAGACACUCUUCGUCAAAUACGCGGGAUGUUUGGAAAGGCGAAAAGGAAGAUCAUGGACAAAAUAGACAGUUCUGAUACGGACGGUAUAAUAACCGGAUCCGAGGAUGACGUUUCCGAAGGCCUUGUUACUCGAGGAGUAGACCCUUUUCUGUGGGACCACCAAGAAUUCGGUAUAAAUUACAUUAAAAUUACAUUAUUUUCUUAUCCAAACUCUAAACUACUUAUAAAGCUUCAUUUAACCCUUGCAAUGGUUGAUUUUCGUGAUAAGCAUCAAAAUUGUGGCACUGCCAAAAAGACCAGCUACAAAGUGAACCUGACUUCUUGGUCUUUUGUUAUUUGAAAUUAUGACUACAUAAUAAAUCACGCCUUUCACAGCAAAAAACUAUUUAAGUGAAAUGGUUUGGCAUUCAUUGGCGUUUAUAUUCUCAUGUUGAAAAAUAUUUCAUGAGUGAGCGCAGCUCACUCAUGAAAUAUUUUUCAACUUUCGACUACAUAUUAAUAUUAAUUAUGUGAUUAUUUGGCUCACAAUGGAAUAAACUUUAGCAUUGAGAGUUCAAUCCAUAAAAGAGUUGGGGGUUAUUAGCCUUCCACACAGACAUUCUUAGGGGUUUGUCAUGCAUUCCUUCCCCACCAAGCUAUGCUGAAACGAGCAGUUAAAUUCCUUUCCUGUUGUUUGUAAAUAUCAGCUGGAACUGACAUGCAGAUUAUCGGAGAACCGAUCGGCGCUUUUGGAGUCAAAGUGUUGACAAGCCAAUCACGACUUACAAGCAGGGUGUUCAUUAGGCACCGGAGAUCAGAGAAUUCUCCAUCUACUUCGCAGAAUUUUCUGAUUAAUGUUCAGUAGCUUAUGACUUAUUCAGAUGUGGUCUCUUUCAAAAUGUUCUCCUGUAAUGUUACACCUUUCUCCUGCUAUUAGGAUUCUUAACGAAAACCCUGUCAAGCCAAAACUUUAUAUGACGAAUAAACAAAUUUAAGUUUUUUAAAAAACAACAGUUAAAGGCCUCAUUUGAACAAUACUUUUCCUUUUCUGUGGAGGUUGUAUUUUUCUCAUUUUUACCAAGAUAUUGCCAGUACAUGUAUCAUGUUUAAAAAGGUCUCCUGAAAGUUUUGGUAUAAAGGCAAAAUGUCCUCUAGAAUAUUCUUAUAGUAACAAUAUUAUUGAAGUAUGGCUAUUCCAUGUCCCUGAACUUUCAACUGGAAGCACCAGGGUGGCUAACAGUUUCAGAUAAGGCAAAAAAGCCACCUAAAACUUUUGAGAUGACCAAAGUUCCCCUACGAAAUCUGAAAAGAUAUUAAAUAGUUUUUUGGGCAGCUUAAAAUUAACCAAUCGUGGUUCUAAAUUCAUAGAAAAUUAAACCAGUAGAAACACUUCUAACAUUUGGAAACAUUCAGACAUUGGGUGCCACUGCUGGGUCAUGACCAUCCAACGUCCCCUAGUCUAUGUUACAUCUGGAGUAAAGCAUUGAAACUGCACUACUUAAAUAAGCAAGGAGACUUUGAGCAAACGGUGGCAAAAUUCUAGCUUGUUAUAUUUUAAAAUCUCUUUAUAUUAUUACAGGUACUUCAAGGAGCAGAUUUAGAGAAUUUAGGGAAAGAAGAGAUGCAGAAAUUGACAGAUUUGUCGUAGAAACUAACAAAAUUCUCAUAAGACUUGAAAAGGUAUGUUAGUAUUACACAGUGCUUCUGUGUGUAUUCUUGGCUACUAAUCUCUUAUGGUAAAGUUCCUAAAUUUGUGUUGACUGUAACUGUGUUUUGUCAUGCAGCUCUUAAGGUCAGGAGUACAUGUGUUGGAUUCCCCUGCAUUGCCAGCCAGACAGGGACGAAAAUGUGAGUAAAGACAGGCCAUGGUUAACUCUCUUAAAGGCACUUCUACAAGAUGAUCAUUUGAUGAAAUAUUUCUUGGUUUAGUCACUUAGUCUAGUGAUCACUAUGCAACAACAUUUCAUUGUUCUUCCAGCUCCUUAGAGUUGUUAGUCCAGGGCCUGGGGAUCUGUGGUGUGCAACUUUGGCUCUUGGGUGACUAGAAGAUCUUAGUCCUAUGCUGGGCACGCUAUAUUUUAAAAGUUCAGAGCACUAGGCAGCUUUUGUUAGAACACAGGCUUAGCUGGGUACCAUUCUCUGUAUGAGGGCAAACACCUCUUACAUGCAUCAUGUACCCAUUAUAGUCAAACGCUGUCUAUAGCUUAUUCUGGUGAUGCGAUUUGUAACCAGCUUUGAUCAUACAACAACAAGACCAAGUCACUGAACUAAGGAUUUCAUUAACCAUAAAACUAACAAUAUACAACUAAUAUUUUGUAAUCAUUAUGAAGUACAUGAACAGGAAUCACAAGAAGUUAAAGGGACAAAAAAACAGAGAUAUUCAUCUUGUCAUUGACAAUUCCCCUUUGUACUUUUGGUUACUGAAUAAAUUAAAUUCAAAGAUAAUGGAAUUGCAAAUAACGCAGAGAUCCCUCACAAGUAUAUGACCCUCUCACAGAAAAUGGCUUUAAUCUUUAAAGCCCCAUGCAAAUGGGUACAACACUGUUGGCCAAAAACUCCCAACACACGUUGUUGGGAGUCGUUGUGUCCGUUUGCCAUAGCUUAAAGUUUGAUCAGUUUCAGACUUUGCACAACAACUCCCAACAACAUGCAACAACAUGCAACUAUGUGUGCAUACAGACGCAACAUGUAACAUCCAACAAUGUUCUGUCCGUUUCCAUGGGGCUUAACAUUUGUGAAGAAAUAAUCUACUCACAGCCAUAGUAAUAUCUCAGAGAGAUUCAUUAUACUGCUAUUAGCUAUCAGGAGUUUUUGUUAGUUAUUAUUGUCUUUGGUAUUUUCAGCCUUGGAGAGAAGUUUGGUCCCCUGGAUAGCUGAUAGUGAAGUGAAGUUUUGCCAUCUCUGUAAAAAACAGUUCAAUGUUGCACGGCGCAGGCAUCACUGCAGAUUGUGUGGUGGCAUAAUGUGUGGCAAAUGCUCUGUUUUUGUGUCUGUCACUUUUUCAGGUAAUCAGCAUCUGAUAAUGAUAAUAAUACAAUAUUUUAUUAAAAGUUAGUAUUUUUGUCUCCACAAUGGUGCUGCAAUAUGAGGAUAAAGCGACUAAAAAUUGAACAAAAUCUUGCCUUUCAGUCUCUAUAUUAAAAUUGGAUCAAGUUGGUUCGCAAAGUCUUCCUAACAAAUCAAAAGGGCGAGCAAAAGAUGACUCUGAUGAAGCUGGUAUUCGUACAUGUCAGGCUUGCAUGGAUUGCUUAGAAAGGUAUAUUGUUUCGUAUAAUAUCAGUAAUUACAGACAACUUAAAAACAGAAACCUCUUUGAGAUGGUUACAUUACUAAAAUGGACACUCUUCAGUCAUUUUUUUACUAUUUACACUGUAUCAGGUAGACAUGUCUCUAACACAGACACCUUCAAGUGCCAGUCCCAUGAAUGAUGUCUAGAAUGGGGUCUGGAAUGGGGUCUCAAAACUUAACAUUGUCCCAGAACAGAUAAUGCCUUGUCUUAUUGGCAUGUUCAGAAACCACUGGAAAAUUAUCCCUAGUAUAAUUGUGCUCGUUAAUAAUCCAUUCAUGUGUCCAUCUUCCUGUUUCACUAAUGUUUUCUUUAAAACCACAUUCACCAGAAAUCUUAUACAUUUACACUGCUCCAUCUUGUUUUCUUGGAUCAACAGCAUCGUUAGGUCGCACUACAUUUGGUGUGUGUGUCUGCAUCUUAGUGUUGUGUCUGACUUGGAAACAGAUCGUAUGCCCUACAGUUGUAGGCAACAAUGAAGUGGUUUAGAUAACCCCUCCUGACAGUAACUUACUUAACUGACUGAAGUGCUUUCCUUUUAUAACUACUGUCAACUUUCCUGAUCUAGGUGUGAUAAAGGGCAAGGUUGGGCUCGUUUAUCGUUGCCGUUAUAGUGAAAAAGGCUAUGGCUUGGGAAAGGAGUGAUAUGGGUGGUAUGCAAAGGGGUUAGAAAGGGGUAACUGGAUUCCUGAGGUAGUAAUGGACCCAGUUGGGAAGGGGUUAGACUUGAAUAAGAAAUGAUAUGGAUGUGGUGGGUAAGUGAUUGGGGAGGGGGGUAAGCAGGGAUUUAAGGGGUACAGAUGGAGUAGGCAGGGAUAUUGUUUGAGUAGUGGGUGGGGUGUGGUAGCGAAAGGAUGAUAUUAUUUGUGGGAAAUGGAUACUAGAAAUUCUAUUUAUUAAGUGCAUAAUAAUAUUGGACGUGGGAGCUCCAGCCUUGAGUUUUGUCUUCAACAAUAAUAAUGAGAUAGAAUGCACUUUUUUGAGAACUGAUUUAUGCCUUUUGCAAUACAAUAAUAAUUAUAGACUACAUGAGAAGGGAAAGGAGGAGGUCCACUUCAUCACAUUGUUAGAAGCCUUUAACAACAAUGACAGCAGUAAUGUCACUUUUAAAAAGUCUCUUUGUUUUUUUCAUAAUUUGUCAUGAUUAUUCAAACUCGCUCAAAAUGUCCAAUGUACUAGGUAAAUUUCCCAAGCCUCGGUUAUUCAACAGUUGAAUAGUGCUAUCCAUCAGAUAAAUCACUACUUAGGGGAUAAGUCUUAGUGAAACCAAUAAAUUGCACUAUCCAAUGGAAAGAUAUUGAUCCAGUGGAUAGUGAUAUCCACCUUUUGAGCAAUUGGGGCCAGAAAUUUAAUUAUUGGGGGUGGAACCGAAGUUUAGAAGGAGAAAGAAGAUUUUGUUAUGAUUUGUACAUCCUCAACAAAACAUCCUGUUAUGGAAGUAUGCCACAAUGAUGUUGUGAAGUGAUGACUAAGAAAUAAUAAUUAUUUUAAAAAUUAUGAUGUACAUGCAGAGUUGUUGUUUUUUGCCAAAUCCAUUACUUAUUUGUCAUCCUUAUUGCCGAAACCAUCGCUGUUUCUAAACAUCCCUGUUAUGUUCUUUCCCUGACCCAAAGAUAUGACAAACAGGAAAAAGAAAAGAAAACAAAGCCAACCGUUGUCCAGUUGUAUGAGGUAUGAAAUGUCAUUAGUUAUUGUCAGCUGAAGUACAAGCAUUAGUCUUCACAUAAUGUUAAAUGAAAAGUCAGCAUAAGAUAAGGGCAGUAUAAUUUAAAACUUUUGACUAAGAUUGUUUUGGCUUAUAUGCAAUAAUGAACAAUUAGUAUACAUUGUACUCAUUAUCUGUCGUCUCAUUGGCUAAGAGCCUACAGCUAACUGACUAAUCUGUAGGUUGCGUGCACAAUGCAUGAUUUCCAAUAACAAUAUCAAUUCAGGUUCCUUCUGAUGGUGUGUUUGUUGUCAUUUUCUUCAAAACAAUGUAUAAUAAAAGAAUUAUUAGAUUUAGUGUUUGUGAUAUCCUAGAUAAUCAAGGUCUUGGUAAGUGUUAUCAACCUUGGCCUUCGGCUCAGCCAACAACACUUACCUUGACCUUGAUUAUUCCUGGCAUCACAAUAACCUCAUCCAAUAAUUGUUUAUUAUUAUUGUUCUUUAAGUCAUGCACCUAAAGUACUAAAUAAAUUUAAAUGCGAUAAUAUAUUCAUCUGUAGUUAAAUUAGUUAUGCUAAUGCUGUUUCUACAGAAAAUGAAAAGUUGUAUGGCAGAGGCAGAAACUUUACAACCUGUUUACAAGAAAAUGGCCGACUCCAUUAAGUAAGUAUCAAUGAAAACUGUGUCAUUGGAAACUCAAGAGGGGAGGGGUUUUUCAUCAGAUCUAUAGAACAAGAGUGUUCACCAACUUUCCAUGUUCCACAGGAAUGGGGUAGGGUCUUUAAAUCCAGAUAUUGUUGUGACAAGGGAAAGUAACCGUCCUGUGCAACAAGUCAAUUUUUAUGACAGUACACGAAACGUCAAGUUACUUAUUGUUUUUUGUCUCAUGAAUGAUGUAAUUUUUUUAUUUAUUUUAAUAUGAUUUUUAUAAUAAUUUAACAAUGGGGGAAAAUUAUUGUCCUCAAUGAUGGACAGUUAUUGUCCAUUACAGUCAUGUAGCUAUGUCUGAUGGCCAUAAACCAGUUAAAGCUAACAAUAAUGAACUGACUUGAAGGGUUGGAGUGAGUAAUAGGUCACCGUAAUGCAUACCCUUAGGGUUGCUAUUUCUACUCUUCCCAAUCAUCUUCGGUGACAACAUCAAAAAAGGCGGCUGUGACGAUGAGAACUUAAACACGUGGCUCCUGCCAUCCUGCCAUCCCCCCAUAAAACACCUGCAUAGCAGGCUAUGGUGGAACUUGUCAGAUUAAAAGAAAGUUAUCUUCAGUUUAGGUGAAAUCCAAUAUGACCUAGAGGAAGCUGCCCAUAUUCGUGCUAAAUUACUGAAGAUGUAUGAAUCAGUUGAUAUAGUGAGGUAUGUUAAAUAGAUAGAAAAGUAAUCUUCCUUCUUAAGGAUGAACUUAUUUCGAACCCAGGCCCGUAGCCAGGUUUUUUUACGGGGAGGUGCGAUCCAAAGACCAGAUGGACCAAACGAGGCCGAACGGGCAAGUCUCUAAGGGAGGGGACGGGGGGCUUUGGUUGUUGCGCCCUUCGAACGCGUUAGCGUGAGUCAACUAGGGGGGUCCGGGGGCAUGCUCCCCCUUAAAUUUGUUAAUUUAAGAACUCUGAAAUGGCUAGAAAUGCAUUUAAAACUAACAUGGUGUGGUGAAACUUAUAUACUUUCAGCAACAAAAAAUGUCGCCAUAAAAAACUUUUCUCCACAAAACGCAUGAUGCAACAACUAUUCUCCGAACCUUCGACCUUGUUGAUCUAAGCAGCUUAUGCGCUUAGCGAACAAAAAUCUAGUCUUGUUUCUCGUCCUUCACUGCCGGGCCGGGAUACUGAUAAGAAAACUUAAUUAACAACCUUUGACUACUGUGAAUAAUCCUGAAGGGUAUUUUAUUGCGCAAUGAAAAAAUGUCUUGUAGGCACACCAAAUCCCCUUUUUAUGCUUUACGAAGGCUAAAACACAUUUUUUGGAAAGGGUGAGUGAGACUCAGUGUGACCCCUUUUACAGCAUUUUACUACACAAUCAGUAAAUUGGAAGAGAACAAUACUCCUACUUCACUUUGUUUUAAAUCGCUGAUCAUUAAAAAGGUGGACCUCUGUUGCCUGUGUCGCACCCGUCGCACCUCCCUCCCUACCGGCCUAGAAAAUUAUGAUUUAGAGGUGUUUGGCAGUGCAGGAAUAGAACUGCAAACAGGCACAAUGAAUUUGCUUCGGUUGGCUCUUUAAAUAACUGGGCUGCGCUUUAGAUCAAUGUAAAUGUUGAUCUAAAACCAGAACUAAGUUAAACCGUGCUCAACAGUCUCCUGGCUACUCAUUGGCUGAUGAGUGGCUCACUGAUUAUGUUAACCGUGCUUGCAGAUUUUAAAAUUGGAUCGUAGUAUAUGGUAACACGUAUUUAAACCCCUUAUUCUGAUUGCAUUCUUCAGUAAAAAGAUAGCAGCCUUGGGUACCCAAGAUGAGAAACCACCCAGCCAUCAUACACUGAAACUGCAAAAGGGUAUCAGGGCCUAUGCCACAGGGUACCUACAGGAAAACAUGUUUACUCUGCCAAACUUACCAUCAGUGGAGAAAGUUUACAAACUACAACAGGACAGAGCAAGUUCACUGGCAAGGAAGGCUGCUGAGGAAAAGGCGCAAAGGGAACGAGCCAUGCAAGAGCGGCUGCAGGCGACAAAGCUUCGGCAGCACAAAAGACAGGGAAGUGGAGAUUUGAAAAGAAAUGAGCCGUCAGGCAAACCAAUGAAUGUUCAACAGUCGUCUCCAGGUUCUAUACAAGGAACUGGCUGGGGCCCAGUGCCUGUCACCCAAGGCUCAUCCCCAGACCCCAUGCUUCAGCAAAUAGACAUUAUUAAGAGUUACUUGAGACAAGCUAAGGAACAAAGGAAAUUAGAUGAGGUUGAAAUGCUUGAAAGAAACUUAAUGGAACUAGAAGAAGAGUACAUGAGACAGCAUCAAGGGAGAUAG